AUGAACGACUUUCAUAGCAUUUGCAGAGCCUGUUUAAUACAGAGCAGUGAUAUGUAUAGUAUUUUCAAUCAUGUGGAUGAGAACUUUAACGAAGAGUUGUCAAUUGUUGAAUUUUUGAGGAUUUAUGCAAAGAUUGAGGUGAACGAGAAUGACAAUCUACCGAGAAACCUCUGCAUCCCCUGCUACCUACUCUUAUCUCAAUGCAAAGUAUUUUUCGAGAAGUUCAAAAUGUCUGACCGAAUAUUAAAAAGUUUUAACAAAACCUCAGGUGAUAUUAGCAAUUUAAACAAUGAUCUUACUAACUGUGAUAGUCAAGACUCCUGCAUAGUUUAUGAACCGUACGAAAUAGAAAGUAAUAAUAUAGAUGAUAAUUUAGAGAAUAUAAAUAAUAAUAAUAAUAGUCUAGAUAUUUGUGAUAAUGAGACUGUUAAUGUUAACGUUAAAGACAAUGAUAAUAAUAAUUUUGUUAUCGAUAAUGAUACUAAUGAUAAUAUUGUAUGGUUAAAUAUAAAUGAUGUUUCUACCAGUAAUGAUGUGAUUGUUGUCAAUUAUGAGACUGUGGAAGAAUCUUUAAAAGAAGAUUUGCCCUUGGCAGAAGUCCAAGUAGUUCCAGAAUUGAACAAAAACGAGCAAUGUUUAGAAGAAAAUGAGAAUCGAGAUAUGAUUGUGGCUCUUAACAAUGUAAAUGCAAAGAUUUUAGUGCAGAUUUCUGAUGUUAAAGUCGACAACCACCCCGUCUUCGAUAUAUACUCAACAGACACCACAAAAUAUUUCGGUCAAUAUUUCUAUAUCAACAAAGAUAUUGUCCCCCCAAGAUGCAGGCCUAGAAAAUAUUGCUAUUUCGAAUUAGUUGAGUAUCAAAGAAGUCGAGAUUCUGUUUCUAAACACAAAUUAAAAGAGAACAAAGACGAAGAGAAUAUUAAAUACAAAUGUAAAAGUUGCCACAAAGAGUUCUCCAGUAAAUCUAGACUCAUUAGACAUAACAGAACACAUACAGGAAUCAAACCGUAUCUAUGUGCGGAAUGUGGUAAGCAUUUUACUUCUUUAGGUGGUCUCGAUUUGCAUUACAGAAGGCAUCAAGGGGAGAGGUGUUACAAGUGCCCACACUGUCCUAAAAGUUAUUUAGAAAAGUGCAAUUUAAAGGUUCAUUUAAGAUCUCACACUGGCGAAAAACCAUUUCCUUGUUCUGAAUGUGGUAGAACAUUUGCACGGAAGUUUUUUAUUGGAACUGCAUAUGAGAACCCACACAGGUGAAAGACCCUACAAAUGUCCCACAUGUUCUCGAGCCUUUGCACAAAAGUGUGACUUAACAAGUCAUGUACGUGUACAUACGGGUGAACGACCAUAUGCUUGUGAACAAUGCGAAAAGAGAUAUUCUAAAAGCAGCUCUUUAAAUGUUCAUAUGAAAACUCACGAGAAGUAGAAUCAAAGAUUGGGGA